AUGGGAGGGGUACGUGUGAGGGUCAGACAUCCCGAGGGUACUUUACAAGUCCAGGCCGAGGACUCAUGGACUGCAGGGCAAUUUAUCGAGCACCUCCGAAAGGAGACUGGCGUUCCAUGUUUUGUGCUCAAGUCCGGGUUUCCUCCCGCCGUGGUUGAUCUUAGCGACAAGAACAUAAGUCUUGGUGCUUUGAAUCUAAACGGCUCGGCUAUCACGUUAACUCCCAUCGAGGACACUUCCCCUGAGGCUGUGAGGAGCAGAGAAAUGGCGAAACUGGUUGAGCGAGACUCCUUGAUGGCCGCAGAGCUGGCUGCGGCAGAGUCAACGGCUACUCCAUCCUCAGGGCAGUCUGAUCCUAAAAGACCUGACAACCUCUCGGUUCCUUGGCCGGAGAUGGACGAUGGGUAUAUGGUGCUCAGAGUUAUGGCCGACGACAACAGCUGUCUCUUCACUGCGCUUUCAGCCGCUCUGGUCCCUCAGGUGAGAGACCCGGCGCCGUUUUUGCGCAACCAGAUUGCCGAAUACAUUCUCUCCCAUCGAGACACCUACAAUAGAGCCACUCUCGAGAAGUCACCCGAAGAUUACGUUGCCAAUCUGCGAGGUAGAGACUUUUGGGGGGGAUCAAUCGAGAUGUCCGUACUUAGUGCCAUCUACGACAUACAAAUUGUCGCGGUGGAUGUCAAGACUUUGGAGGUAUUUCCACACGGUGAAGACAAGACGGAGCGAUGUCUAGUGCUGUAUUCGGGCAUUCAUUACGACAGGAUUGUGCUAGCGCCUGGGCCCGACUAUCCUCAUGAAACGGAUAUUGUGCGCUUCGAUAUUGGCAACGACUCAGCACUCAAGAGAGCCAGAGUGCUCGCAGAGAGACUUCAAAGGUCCGGAUAUUACACUGACACUAACACUAUCGUCAUUCAGUGCAUGGUCCCGGGUUGCAACUGGCUCGGUGACGUCAAGGGAGCAAAUGAGCACAGUAACAAAACUGGGCACCAGAGUUUUGAGCAAAUUGAGGACAAAUAG